AUCCUCUCUCUCUCUCUCCUCUUCCAAAGCUUCUCUUCUUCUCCUUCUCCUCCAAUUCUCUCCUCUCUAAACCUCCAUUCGCCAAACCCCAAUAAAUAUUUUAUUUAAUUAAAAAAGCAACCCAGGCAGCAAAAGAAGCCAAAACGAGAGAAGGAGAGAGAAAGGGAAAGAGUAAAGGAGAAAGAAGAAGAAGAAGAGGAAGAGCUGAGUUUGCUCCUUCUCGGAAUUGCGAUUCCGUUCCCCUUACCCUGAUUUCAAUUUCGAAUUUCUCUAUUAUCCCUUCUUCGGUUUCUGUAAUGGAGCUCUUUCUCUUCCCUUCUCCUUUAGCUCUGUGAGAGAACAAAUAGUGUGCCUGGAGUUUGGGAGGAAUUGGCGGGGGACGACAAUUGGAUUCCUCCUUCCUCCUUCCUCUUGUUUGGUUUUGUGUUGUUUGUUGACAAGAGUUUUGUAGUUGAGAGGAGCAUGGGGCUCUGCACCUCCAAACCCUCCACGGACAGGAGCAUCCACGUCUCCUAUCCCCCAUCCGAGCCGCCGACCAACGCCGCGGCCGGCGACGGCGGAGCGGAGAGGCCGGAUGCGUCGAGCGCGGACGAGAGCUUGACCUCCGAUGAUCAGAGGAGGAAGGAGAGGACGGAGCUGGAGAAUGUCAAGAAGUCGCCGUUCUUCCCCUUCUACAGUCCCAGUCCAGCGCACUACUUCUUCUCGAAGAAGUCUCCGGCGAGAUCUCCGGCUCCGAAUGCUCCUACUGGGGGCAACACCACGCCCAAGAGGUUCUUCAAGCGACCCUUCCCCCCGCCGUCUCCGGCGAAGCACAUACGAGCUGUUCUGGCGAGGAGGCAUGGUUCGGUUAAGCCCAACGAGGCGUCGAUCCCCGAAGGGAGUGAGGCGGAUGGGAUGGCUGCCCUGGAUAAGAGCUUCGGAUUCUCUAAGCAUUUUGGGAACAAGUACGAGCUGGGAGAUGAGGUUGGGAGAGGCCAUUUCGGAUACACUUGCGCAGCUAAAUUCAAAAAGGGCGAGCUCAAAGGACAGCAGGUUGCCGUCAAGGUCAUCCCGAAAGUGAAGAUGACCACAGCAAUUGCAAUUGAGGAUGUGCGAAGGGAGGUCAAAAUAUUACGAGCACUGACUGGACAUAAUAACCUAGUGCAAUUCUAUGACGCAUACGAGGACAGUGAUAAUGUCUACAUUGUAAUGGAGUUGUGUGAAGGAGGAGAGCUUUUGGACAGAAUUCUUUCCAGGGGAGGGAAAUAUUCAGAGGAGGACGCAAAGACAGUAAUGAUACAAAUAUUAAACGUUGUUGCAUUUUGCCAUCUACAGGGUGUGGUACACCGGGAUCUUAAACCUGAGAAUUUCCUCUUCACUACCAAGGAUGAGAACUCGCAACUGAAGGCCAUAGACUUUGGUUUGUCCGACUUCGUUAAGCCAGAUGAGAGAUUGAAUGACAUUGUUGGCAGCGCUUAUUAUGUAGCUCCUGAAGUUCUACAUAGAGCUUAUGGUACGGAGGCUGAUGUAUGGAGUAUAGGUGUGAUUGCUUAUAUUCUAUUAUGUGGCAGCCGCCCAUUUUGGGCACGGACCGAAUCUGGAAUCUUUAGAGCUGUCCUAAAAGCCGAUCCAAGCUUCGAUGAAGCGCCUUGGCCAUCCAUGUCUCCUGAAGCCCGGGACUUUGUUAAACGACUACUGAAUAAAGAUCCUCGAAAAAGAAUUACUGCUGCCCAAGCCUUGAGUCAUCCAUGGAUUAAAAGCUCUAAUGAUGUUAUUAAAGUUCCCCUUGAUAUAAUAGUAUUCAAGCUGAUGAAGUCUUACAUGCGUUCGUCAUCUCUUCGUAAAGCCGCUUUGAAGGCGUUAUCUAAAACGUUGACUGUGGAUGAACUAUUCUUUUUGAAAGAGCAGUUUGCUUUGUUGGAACCAAGCAAGAAUGGGACAAUAAGUUUAGACAAUAUCAAAUCGGCAUUGAUGAAGCAUGCGACAGAUGCUAUGAAGGAAUCUCGGAUCCCUGAUUUCCUAGCAUCGCUGAAUGCACUCCAGUACAGAAGGAUGGACUUUGAAGAGUUCUGUGCAGCUGCAUUAAGUGUCCAUCAGCUAGAGGCUCUUGACAGGUGGGAGCAACACGCUCGUUGUGCCUACGAGCUUUUUGAUAAGGAUGGGAACAGGGCCAUUAUGAUUGAAGAACUGGCAUCGGAGCUUGGCCUCAGCCCAUCUGUCCCUGUCCACGCAGUUCUGCAUGAUUGGAUUAGGCACACCGACGGGAAGUUGAGCUUUCUGGGUUUUGUGAAGUUGUUGCAUGGUGUGUCUAGCCGGACGUUUGUGAAAGCUCAAUAGCAGCAGCAGCAGCAGUUACUGGAAAUGAAAAAUCCAACUCUCGAGUUCCUCCACAGGCACGGCGUGUUAUUUUUCCAUAAAACUCAGAACCUGGCUCUGGAGACAUUGCCUGGCACACCGACUGGUAAAUUUUCACUCUGCGAUUCAGGAAUCUGUUACAUGUGUUUGGGUAGUCGAUCUCUUUGCCAAAGAAAUUGGGGGGGUUGGUGUUUUGGAAGUUGCCAGUCAAUGUAAAGUUGUAGUUAAGAAAGUAAAAACAUAGGGGAAGUUUGUGUGUUAAGAAGAUCCUGCUGAAAGGAAAGGAAACCCUUAUUCACACCCUCACCACCAAGCCCAAUGUGUCCACCCAUCAUCAUGAUUUGUGAAGAGAAGUUUUAAUAUUCAUCAUUGCUUUGCUCUGCCGUUUUAGCACUGUUCUAGUCAACAAAGUGUAUUUGUCUCAGAUCCCUCUGGUCUCUCUCGCCCUC